AUGAGUACAUCUUCUACUGCUGACGAUGGAGCAUACUUUAGACAACCACCUCAUACGUGGACGUUAAUAAAGUUCCUUAAACGAAAGAAGCGGGAUCUCCAGAAGCGUUAUUGGCAAGAAGAAUACAGGAUAUAUAAGGACAAUAUUGUUGCUCAUGUUUAUGACAUCCAAUUGCAAGACAAACUUCUUAAGGCGUUUGAGAUAAUUAGUAAUGCUGAUAAGACUUCCGACGAGGUCAAGAAUUACUGGGUUGGUGCCAACAGGUGGCUAACUCAAAUAAGGAGACGAUUCCCCCAGAAGCGCGGAAUUUUACUAUCUGCCCCCUUAGCCGAGUCAUCCAUGUAUGUCACGGCAUCUUUAGCAGCCCCCUGUAACUCGUACCAGCGCGCUAUCGACAACAAGUCCGCUGUGAAGAUGGUAGCCCGUCUCCAUGAUACAUUUUAUGAUGCUAAGGCAACCCUGUUAACAGAAGCCGAUAUCAAGAAAAUCAGAGAAAAAAUGGCUAAUAAACUUCAUAUCGGACCUAAGCGUGUUUAUGAAAUAUGGGAUAAUAAAGAACGCCUCCAACAAGAACAGAAUCUUGAAUCGAUACCAGAGGUACCAUCUACGUCCACUCCGACUAUAAAGAUUCCAAAAAAGAAUGGUCGAAAAAAGAAGGUUCCUCUUGUGACAAGAAAAAAAUGA